CAUGUAAUUCAUGCUGUCCACCUUAACCAUUGUGGAUUCUGAGGCCAAAGUUCACUUGUGUGCUGAAGGCGUAACCUACUGAGUCACAGGCAACGGUAGAAAACCCUUCCACUGUGUCGAAAAGUCGAAGGAAGAAGAAGGAAAAACGAGAACAGGCACUAUUUUCCCCAAGAUUCAGCGUUUCACCUUCAGAAAUGACUACCUCAUUUCACCGCAGAUCCUGCUUCUCUCGACAACACCAAAGAAACCUAACCUGAACUCAGAAGUCAGCUGUCGUUGUCUCUGAAUCAAGCUGCAGAUUUGCUCCAAUUGAGCCCCUGGAUAUUGAGCGAACAUCGUGCUGUUGCCGUGCUGACAGGCCAGAGGGACAUUGAUUGCCAGGUGUCCCUCCAGAGGAACUCUGAGGGGUCGCCACGGAAAGGAACAUGUUCUAGAAGUCGUACGUCUGUCCUAAUCGACUAGUCGGCUUUGACUCUAGAAGAUGAACAAUGAGGAUGAGUUCUACGACGCCGUCACAGGCCUGGAUUCAGACGAGUCGUAUGAAGGCGUAUCGGAGGCCAGCUUCAAAGAUGCGCUGGUUUUUGACAGCAGCAGCCAGAAGAACAACGGGUCUGUGCCACAAGAGAAUGGCAUCAAGAAACACAGGACGUCAUUACCGGCGCCCAUGUUCUCCAGAAACACUAUCAGUGUGUGGAGCAUCCUGAAGAAAUGCAUCGGACUGGAACUCUCCAAGAUCACGAUGCCCAUCGCCUUCAACGAGCCUCUGAGCUUCCUGCAGAGAAUCACAGAGUACAUGGAACACACUUACCUCAUCAACAGAGCCUGCGCAUUGCCCGACUCCAUAGAGCGCAUGCAGGCGGUAGCUGCUUUUGCUGUGUCAGCGGUUGCGUCUCAGUGGGACAGAACUGGAAAACCUUUCAACCCUCUGCUGGGAGAGACCUAUGAGCUCACCAGAGAGGACCAGGGCUUCCGGCUGGUGUCGGAGCAGGUAUCCCACCAUCCCCCGGUCAGCGCCUUCCAUGCAGAGAGUCUGGUGGGGGACUUUGUCUUCCACGGAUCUAUCUACCCCAAACUCAAGUUCUGGGGCAAGAGCGUCGAGGCCGAGCCGAAAGGGACCAUCACACUAGAGCUGCUCAAGCACAACGAGGCGUACACAUGGAGUAACCCCUACUGCUGUGUUCACAACAUCAUCCUGGGGAAGCUGUGGAUAGAGCAGUAUGGCACCGUGGAGAUAGUCAACCACAGCACUGGAGACAAAUGCGUGUUGAAUUUCAAACCCUGCGGGAUGUUUGGCAAAGAGCUGCACAAAGUGGAGGGAUACAUCCAGGAUAAGAGUAAAAAGAAGCACUGUGUGAUCUACGGGAAGUGGACCGAGUGCAUGUGGAGCGUGGACCCUCAGGCGUACGAGGCCCACAAGAAGUCGGAGAAGAGAGGGGACAACAAGAAGCACAAAAGUGAGGACCAGGACGAGAACGAUGACGCAGACGACAUGCCCGACGCCCAGGAGACGGUCUGUGUGGUACCAGGAAGCACUCUGCUGUGGAGGAUAGACUCCAGACCGGCUCUCUCUACUCAGAUGUACAACUUCACCAACUUUGCGAUGUCUCUCAAUGAGAUGGAGCCCGGCAUGGAGGGCACGGUGGCCCCCACAGACUGCCGCUUCAGGCCCGACAUCAGAGCCAUGGAGAACGGCUUGAUGGAGGAGGCCAGUAGGGAGAAGGAGCGUCUGGAGGAGAAACAGAGAGCGUCCAGGAAGGAGAGAGCCAAGGACGAGGAGGAGUGGAACACCAGACCGUCUGCUUCUGUCUCAUGCAGCUCACUGAUCAAGUGGUUCCAGAUGGGCACCAACCCGUACACCAACGCCCCGGCCUGGCUCUACACCGGGGGAUACUUCAAUAGAAACUACCAAGACCUGCCCGACAUCUACUGAUAGUCCUCCAGCCUUCAUCAUCCUCCUCUUCCUCCUGUAUAACCUGCAAUGUCGUGAAAUGGAGAGAAAUGUACAAAAAAAGAAAUCCACGUUCCCAUCUUCAUCUCACUGCCUCCAUCAUCUUUAAACUGAGAGAGACAGAGGAGAUUGAAACUCAUCACGCCUGCUUCAUGCCCUCUGAGUCUUCAGCUCUUUUUUUUUUUUUUUAAAUCUCUGCUUAUUCUCAUUUUUGGUGAUUUUGUCACAUAGCAACCAGCACAUUUUCUUCCUGAGGGAUGGCAGCGGCAGAGAGCUGGUGAAAUCAACGGUUCAUCUGAAUGUUUAACACUUUUACUUCACACACUCUGAGAAAGCACCUGACUGUCACACGUGUUGUUAUGGCGUUAAAUCAUGAAGUAAAACAUAAUAAUCACAGUGAUGGAUUUACAGUCAAAGCAGGGAUGUGUGAAUCAUGAGGCCUCUUUCUUUUUCUUUACAUGCUUUGAAAAUAAAUAUAGAUGACAUUGUACCCUUGUAAGGAAGACGAUUAUAAAUGUUGGUGAAAGGAGCUCAUUACUGUCUGUGUGUAAUAUCCCUGAAACACUCUCCACCUCACAUUAACCUUCUGCUAAAGGUUUAUGUGCUGAAUGAAUCCAGACAGACUACUAGAGAGCAGAUGCUUCCUCGACAGCAGAGGGGGAUUGUGAUGCCAGAGUGGGGGGGGGGGGGCCAGGAGAGGAACCACACACACCAUGUGACGUUCUCCUGCACAGCAACACAUGAAUGAACGCCUGACCUUUAAACCCCCGUCUGCACUUGGCUUCUGUUUGUCUGUACAAGUAGCUUUCUCUUGCAGUGUAAUUGUAAAGUACGAUUAACAUUACCGAAAGAAAUUAGGAAACAGCAAGUUCUCUUUAGGCACAAUUUCCCCAUGAGUUUGUCAUUUAUAACUGUGUAUACAACUCCCAGAUUUGACACAACCGUCACCUGUGUGGAGAAAAUAUAAGUAAAUGCAUAAAUUAUCGUAUAAAUAUGUACAGACACGUAAAAGCCAUAUUAACUACAGGAGAGGGCACUUGGUGUGUGAACGAUGGCAGUUAUGAAACCUCAAGAUUGACAUUAUUAUUGGCACUCACUUUAGCAUGAUUAAAAAAGGAAGCGUUACUCAUGUCAGUGUAAUAAUCUGCUGUGCAGUUGAAUUGGAUGUAAGAGCUGGACAAAUGUCACUAAAAGGAACAAAAUAUGUAUAAUUGUGUGUGUUGCUCCCACACAAAAGGGGCAGAUCUGUUGUUUAAUUUUCCGUCUUUGCUGUGUGUACAAUUUGAUUGUAGCAAAAAAGGAACUUGUUAGAUAUCAUCGGCAAGUCGUACGCUCCCAAACCUUUUCAAAUUGAAGCAAAAAGUACUCUAAUGAACGUAAGCACAUUAUAAGGGAAAGAGACACAAAAAGCUGAGUGUUUGUACAGAAACUUGAUGAGUCAUGCUCUGCACAGUCAUAAUCCUUUAUGUGUCGGUUUGCUCGGGCAGAUACAGUCUGAGGUUGUGAGGCGCGCUCAAAUUCAUAUGUGAUUUAUAUAUAAAUUAAAUGAAUGUAUAAUGAACCUUCUACUUCCUGCUAUCUGCAACACACACUCUACACACUUCCUGUUUGUGAGAUUGUGACUACCAGUACUAGCUUUUGUUGAAAAAGGGAACGUUGCACCCUAGUUUGCACUCCUUUAAACAACGAUGGCAGUAGUGUAAUAAAUCUAUUGUGACCUUUAGUAAUGUUCAUUUUAAAUCACCAUUUGAUGCGUUUUGUUCCCUGCUAUUUUAAAUAUCACAUUUCCAUCAGUGCUAUUUCACCAACUCUAUGCAAGUGUUGCACCUCAACAUGAAUCUGUGUCAUCUGUUAUUGUACUGUAGCUUUACAUUCCUCGUAACACACACACACACACACACACACACACACACACACACACACACCCUCACUUUAUCUCAAUAUACUCCGAAUAUUUGGAAGUAAUUACAUACACAUCUUGGACCAAUUUAUCUUUUCAUUUGUGUUUAAUUUUUUUAUUUGAUUUAUAUGUCAUGCUUAGCAACUCCCUUUUUCAUUCCCUUGUUUUCGUGUGAUUGUAUUUUAUGUUUAUUAUUUAUGAUGUUUGCGGUUCUAGGAAAUAAUUAUGUCGUUUUUUUUCUUUCUCCUAAAACAUAAUUCAAAUUAUUUUUUAAUAAUGUAAAAUCAAUCACCGGCUUCACGCUUAGCUACUCUCAUUAAAAAUGAAUCCCACAAACACUACAUUAGUAGAACUGGUCGAAUGCUAAAUGAACCCGAACAGGAACAAACCAUUGUUGGAAAGUGCUGAUUCAGCGUCUACCCCUCACAUUAUUGCUGUGUCAUUAAACGCGCUCCAUGUCGCUUUGUGUCGGUUCUUUCUACAUGAAUGCCUUCUGUGUAGUUUCUCCUCCUGCACUGUAUCACGGGGUUGUUGUCAAUGUUAUGUGUGUACAAGUGCUGCACAGAGGUAAUCACAAAUGGCAUAUAUCAUUUUGUGCAAUUGAUUUAUUUUUAUAGUAUUUAAACUGUUUUUGUUGAGAACGUUGUACCAGAUGUUUUACUUUGGAGGUGUGGGUCAUAUCCAGUCUGUGGACAGCUUGAUAGAAUAAUGAAAGGGGGGGAAAUGUCUACUAAUAAAAUCCUAAUUUCAA